GAAAGCAAUUCAAUCAAAUGUAAAUUUUGAUUUGUUCUAACUAUUUUCUAAAUAAAAUUGUACACAAUAACAAAAGAUAGCUGAUAAACUAAAACUAAUCCUACUUGAUCCGAUAAACUGAUUCUAAUAUCUAGCAUAUGAUUUAUUCACUACCCAACGAUGAUACUAAAUUAUUUUUACAUCUAUCUCUAUCUUACCCAUCUAUCUCUUACCCUUCUGAUUAUGUUUGAAUAAAUACAGGUUUUCUGAUAUUGACAAAGAGUACUUGAUAAAAUAUUAAGGCUAGACUGUAUUUACACAAAAAUACAACGCAAAGGUGGGAAAGAAGGGUUAUUAAAUUUUGAUGAGUUCAGAAAAUACAAUUACUACAAAAAAGACAUAUAAGAAAUGACGCAGUAAAAAUACAUAACAUUUCUGAAAUCACACAUAAACAGUAAAACUAUCAUUCAGUUUUAGUUGAUUAUUCAAAUGGUUAGUUUGUGUUGUAAACUCCAAAAAAAUAUUUAAAUAAAUGGCAACAAAAGCUAUAAUUUUUACGUUAAUUCUAACAAUAAGUAUCUUAAUUACUAAAGCACAAGAAAAGAAUGUAUCAAAACACGACAGAAGACCACUUCGAAUCUUUGUGUUUACUGAAAGAGAUAAUCAAGUUAUAGACGACAGUGUUGACGCUGCUUUGAAAACAAUCAUGGAAAAGACUGGUGAAUUGAAUUAUUUCACUUUUAAUAUAAAUGCGACAAGUGGUGAAGAGUUGUUGCACUAUAUUGAUCACAUAUGGAAUGAAAACUUGGAAAAAAAUAAUGCUCCAGAUUUAAUUCUAGACAUCACGCGUAGUAGCACCGCAAGUGAAGUAAUAUAUGCUUUCACCGCAGUAUUCUCUAUUCCUACAUUUGCAGUUCGUUUUGGUGAAGCAAGUGAUUUAGAUUCUUUUAAAACACAUAGAAAAAAACCAUUUCUCGUUUCAAUAAAACCACCUGCUGACUUAGUACCUUAUGCAGUUCAGAAAUUAGCAUCUACUAUGAAUAUAAGUAAUGCAGCAAUUAUAUUUGAUAAUCAUUUCGUCAUGGAUCAUAAAUACAAGGAUUUAUUAUUAAAUAUUCCUACAAGACAUGUGAUAGUAAAGGCUAAAAAUAACAAAAAUAAUGAAAUUAAAGAUCAAAUGCAACAACUUCGACGAUUAGAUAUUGUAAAUUUUUUUGUCUUGGGCGAAAAAGAAACUAUUUGCAAUUAUCUUGAGAUUGCGGGAGAACUUAAUUAUGUUGGUCGAAAAUAUGGCUGGUAUGCAAUAACUUUAGACCAUGAGUUUGUUCCUCAAUGUAAUUGUUCAAAUGUCACUGUGCUAUUUUUCAAGCCAAAUCUUACAAAUAUUUCUCUAAAACAGUAUCAUAAGCUUACAAAAAAAGGAUCAAUAAUGACACCCUUAAUAACAUCGGCUUUUUAUUAUGAAUGUGCUCAACUUGCUUUUGAAGCUAUGAAACAGGCAGUAAAUGAAGGUUUAUGGUCUUUAGAACCAUCUUAUUUCAAUAUGACUUAUCUUCUCAGUUUAAAUUCUGUAGAUAUACCCCAAAGGAACUUUGAUUUGCUAAACAUAUUACGAAAUAUUUCUUCGUCGUCUAAUUUUUUUUUGUGGACUGAUUAUCGUACGUAUUCUCAUCAAGCUUCUUUUGAAAUGCAAAUACAAAUGAGUACUAUUAUUAAUGGCCAAAUUUCCAAAACAACAUAUGUGGGAGAAUGGAAACCAAGCUCUCAUUCACGAUUUUACAUUCCAGAAGAAAACCUCGAUAUUGUACGUAAUCAUACAGCAGUAACAAGUUUUCGUGUGGUAACAGUGGAAGUUCCACCUUUUGUGGAAUAUGAUCCUGAAAAUGAUCGAUGGUUUGGCUACUCCAUCGAUUUGUUAGACAAAAUAUCUAACAUAUUAUUCUUUGAGUAUGAAAUUUAUGCAGCACCAGAUGGAAAAUUUGGUGCAAUGAAUGAAUCAGAUGGAACUUGGAAUGGAAUGAUUGGAGAACUGAUAAAAAAGAAAGCAGACAUUGCAAUUGGAACAUUAUCAGUUAUGGCUGAAAGAGAAAAUGUUGUCGAUUUUACUGUUCCCUAUUAUGAUUUAGUAGGUCUUUCUAUUUUGAUGUACAAACCAGUACCACCAACGUCUCUAUUUAAAUUUCUGACUGUGCUAGAAAACGAAGUAUGGCUAUGUAUUUUGGGUGCCUAUUUUUUUACAAGUUUUCUGAUGUGGAUUUUUGAUCGAUGGUCGCCGUACAGUUACCAUAAUAAUGAAGAAAAAUACAAAGAUGAUAUUGAAGAGAAAAGAAUAUUUGAUUUGAAAGAAUGCCUCUGGUUUUGUAUGACUUCUUUAACUCCCCAAGGUGGUGGAGAUUCUCCAAAAAAUCUGUCAGGAAGACUUGUUGCUGCAGUUUGGUGGUUAUUUGGAUUUAUCAUCAUUGCUUCAUAUACUGCUAAUCUUGCUGCCUUUCUCACUGUUUCUCGUCUAGAGACUCCAGUUGAAUCACUUGACGAUCUUAGCAAUCAAUACAAAAUAGAAUAUGCUCCUAUAUAUCCAUCUGAAGCGUAUACAUAUUUUGAAAGAAUGUCUGCAAUUGAAAAACGAUUUUAUAAAAUCUGGAAAGACAUGGCUAUAGAUUCAAAAGAACCUGAGAAAUUCAAAUACGCAGUUUGGGAUUAUCCUUUAAGCAAUAAGUACACGAAGAUGUUUGAAGCAAUGAAGGUAGCAGGGUUUCCAAAAUCUAAAGAAGAAGCAUUAAAACGAGUACGUCGUCAGAUACCAGAAAAAGAUAAAACUGAAUUCGCUUUUAUUGGUGAUGCAACUGAAAUUAAAUACUUAGCCAUGACAACUUGUGAUCUACUAAUGGUUGGAGAUGAGUUUUCAAGGAAACCUUAUGCUAUUGCUGUCCAAGAAGGAUCUCCUCUAAAAGAUCAAAUAAAUAAUGCUAUUUUAAAACUUUUGAAUAAACGAGAAUUAGAAACACUAAAAAAUAAAUGGUGGACUGAUAAUCCAAAGAGACAAAAAUGUUCAAAAGAAGAAAGUCAAAAUGAUGGGAUUAGUAUACAAAAUAUUGGUGGUGUAUUUAUUGUUAUUUUUAUGGGAAUAAUUUUAGCUUGUAUUACUUUGGCCUAUGAAUAUUGGUUUUAUCGUUAUAAACCACAACAGAAAGAGAAAAAACGUUUAGAAAUGAAUAAAAUACAUCCAAAAAAUAAUACAUCACAAAAUUUAACACUUAAGUUACGUUCAAGAGUUAAAAAAAAUUCUGAAUUACAUCAAGACACUCAAAAUAAUUAGAGUUUUAAUUUGAUUAUAAAAUUGUUUAAAAAACAA